GGGAAGGGGAAGGGGAAGAGGAAGGGGCAGAGAGAGAAACAGGAACCACGCGGCCGGAGCGCCUCCCUCCUCCUCCCCCCAAAAUAGGGACCAUACCCAAAAGCACCACCACCUCGCCCCCGAGAAACCACCGCAUUCCCCCCAAUCCGCCCGCCAUGGGGAGGGAUCCCCACCUCCCUCUCGCCGCCGUCCUCCCGCUCCUCCUCCUCCUCCUCUCCUCGCUGGCCGCCGCCGCCGCAAAAUCCGCCGACGAGGGCGCCAUCUCCGACCUCGCCAAGUCCUUGUCCAACCUGCCCUCGUCCUGGACCAGCGGCGGCGACGUCUGCACCUUCGACGGCAUCACCUGCGAGCGCGGCGGCGAGGGGCGGGUCACCGCCAUCAGACUCGGGAAUAAGGGCGUCUCCGGGACCCUGCCCCCCUCCCUGUCCUCCCUCACCGCGCUCACGGAGCUGGACCUCGAGGGCAACACGCUCGGCGGCGCCUUCCCGUCGGUCGCCGGCUUGACCGGUCUCACCCGCCUCGUUCUCAAUGACAAUUGGUUCGCCUCCCUCCCCAAGGACUUCCUCCAAGACCUCCCCUCCCUGCAGUACCUCAGCCUCGAGAAUAUGCCGAAACUCGAGCCGUGGUCCGUCUCUGACGCCAUCGUCGGCUCCUCCUCCCUCGAAACCUUCGCCGCCUCCAAUGCUUCCAUCACUGGCGCCUUCCCUGCAGUCCUUGCAAACCUCACAUCGCUCAGGUCUCUGCGGCUCUCGUAUAAUAAGCUCACGGGCGGACUGCCUGCCGGGCUGGCUGAGCUGAUUGCCCUAGAUUCUCUGCAGCUGAACAACCAGCAGUUGGAUGGGAAGCUGUCGGGGCCGAUUAAUGUUAUUGCGGCCAUGACGAACCUAAAGGUGCUGUGGAUUCAGUCCAACCAGUUCACGGGUCCAAUCCCUGAUCUGAGCAAAUCACAGCUGGAGUCAUUCAACGUCAGGGACAAUAUGCUCACUGGAGUUGUUCCAGCCUCGCUCACCGGGAUCAAGACACUGAAGAAUGUGUCUCUGACAAAUAAUCAAUUUCAGGGGCCGAUGCCGGAGUUUAAUAAAGGGGUGGUUGUAGAACUCAGUACCGAGACUCAGAGCAGGUUCUGUCAGACAAAGCCUGGGCCAUGCGACCCACUGGUGACCAUCCUUUUUGAAGUGGCCGCAGGGUUUGGAUACCCAUAUGAACUUGCGAAGACAUGGAAUGGGAACGCACCAUGCAGUAGUACUUGGAUUGGUAUCGUCUGCUCAUCGGGAAAAGAUUUGAUCAUUGUCAAUUUGCCCAAACGGAACUUAUCAGGGACAAUAUCACCGGCAUUUGCUAAACUGACUGGUCUUCAAAAGCUCGACCUGUCGGAUAAUCAUCUCACGGGGGAGAUACCAGAGGAUUUGGCAACAAUGCCAAACCUUAACCUUUUUGACGUGACAAAUAAUAACCUCAGUGGUGAAUUGCCCACGUUUAAGCCUUCAGUGAAGGUGCUGGCUGAAGGAAACAGGUUUGGGGAAUCUGGUUUCUUACCUUCAAGUCUUGCAGGUGCACAUAAGAAUGUGGGAAUGAUUAUUGGAAUUCUCAUAGCUGUAGUUCUUCUUGUUGCUUGUGUUGUGCUUUUGGUACGUCAUCUGAGGAGAAAGAAUAGUGAGAAGUUUGGGCCAGUCUCAACAAAGGGCUCUCCUGAUGAAUCUGAGAUGAUGAAGAUUCAGGUGGUAGGAAUUAAUGGUAAUAACAAUGAGGAUAGUGCAGUCCAAACUGAGCUUUACAGCCAGGUGAGUUCUGGUAGCACAAACAUUGCUCAUAUGUUUGAGUCCCAUGGAAUGCAAUUCUCUAUGGAAGUGCUCCUAAAGGCGACAAACAACUUUAAUGAGGACUGUAUCUUAGGUAAAGGGGGGUUCGGGGUGGUCUACAAGGGGAACCUUGAUGGGAAGCUGGUUGCUGUAAAGAGAUGUGACAGUGGCGUUAUGGGGACUAAAGGGCAGCAGGAGUUCAUGGCUGAGAUUGAUGUUCUUAGGAAAGUAAGGCAUCGGCACUUGGUUGGCCUACUUGGGUACUGCACCCAUGGCUAUGAGAGGCUCUUGGUCUAUGAGUAUAUGUCUGGUGGAACAUUGCGUGAGCACCUGUGUGAUCUUCAGAAGAGCGGCUAUACUCCUCUUACAUGGACACAGAGAAUGACAAUAGCUUUGGACGUUGCCAGGGGGAUAGAAUAUUUGCAUGGCUUGGCACAGGAGACUUUUAUUCAUAGGGAUCUGAAGCCUUCCAAUAUACUCCUGGACCAGGAUUUAAGAGCCAAGGUUUCAGACUUUGGAUUAGUCAAGCUUGCUAAUGACACGGAUAAAUCCAUGCAGACAAGGGUGGCAGGGACAUUUGGAUACCUCGCGCCUGAAUAUGCUACUACUGGGAAAGUUACUACAAAAGUUGAUGUUUAUGCAUAUGGUGUGAUACUAAUGGAGAUGCUUGCUGGAAGGAAAGCACUUGAUGACUCAUUACCUGAAGACGAAACACAUCUUGUAACAAUCUUCCGAAAAAGUAUGCUUGACAAAGAGAAGUUCAGGAAGUUUGUGGACACCACAAUGGAACUCAGUGCCGAAGCUUGGAAGAGCCUGCUGGAGGUAGCUGACCUAGCCCGCCAUUGCACAGCACGGGAACCAAACCAGAGGCCAGACAUGAGCCAUUGUGUGAACCGGCUUUCCAGCCUGCUGGAUGAGUGGAAGCCUACAGACAUUGACGAUGAUGACGAUGAUGAGUGCGAGACAAGCCAGAUGGGUCUCAACCAGCAAUUAGAGAAAUGGAGGUGUGAUGAUUUCACCAUAUCGGAUUCGGAUACAUUUAGCAUGUCAAGAAAGUACAAUUGACAAUUUGCGAGGUACCCUAUGAUGUCAUGUUUAAACCAGAGCACAGUAGUGCCGCAUCAAGAAACUGCCGUUAGCCCCUUCAAUCACAGACCGCAGGAAAAGCUGACAUGGCAGAUGCUGUAAUGAGCCCAACAACAUACCAGUAGCUUGAUGAUCAGCAUGUUGCUCUUUGUGCUUUGGUGAGUUCUAAAGCAAGGCGUAGACUUUAAAUUGUUGUACUUAAGACUUGUUGCUGUGUCUAGCUUUGCUCGGUAUAUGGUUUCGUAGUGUUAGUAACAUUGAGAUGAUCAAUUUGUUAUGGGAUGGUCCAGAAAAGGAAAAGAGGGAAGUCAGCGUGCAAAAGAGUGUUAUUCUGCUUAUGAUAGAGAGAGCCUUUUUAGGAUGUAGAAUGGUUGUAUUGUGAACUAUCAAUCACAUGAGGUAUUCUUUUUACUCGGAAAUUUUAAUUGUUUUGUACAUGUCAGAAGUUUGUAUGA